CUAUGUACAUGUAUUUUAUUCUCUAGAUUGAAGACUACCUUCGGAAGAGUGUAAAUCGAUCCAUCAAAGAAGUUCACGAGAACAUGCACAAGGCUCAUCUCCUCUGCCUCUUUGCUCACGGUCGACAUGUUAACAUGACACUAAACUCUGACACUCUCCUGGCUGCUGCCCUCUCCAUUAUUACUGACAAGAAUGCUUACCCUCCCAAGAGGCUGGAUCUUAAGUACUUGGAAAAGUUUGUCAAUUGGUUUUCAAAGAAAAUAGCCGUUAAACCUGAAGAUAUGGAGGAGGAUUACUGGAGUCAUUCCCAGAAGGAUAUCUUAGUGAAGAGGUUUGAGACCAAACAGGUUUGCUCCAACAGAGAGUUUGUGAUUAUGUUUGUUAUAAUGUGUCGUGCUCUGGGGAUGAAUGUGCGCUUGGUCUUGUCCCUCCAGCCAAUGAGUUGGAAACCAAGUGCUGAGAGACUUAUUAAACCUCCAAAGAAAACAGAGAAGAAGCCAAACAUAUUCUCAGAACCUUCUUGUUCACAAACACCUGAAAGUACAUUAAAUAAAAAAAAUAAUAAAGAAGAAAAAGACAAAUUAAGUAGGAAAAUGUUAUCUUCAGAUUCUGAUGUGGAUGUUAAAGGGAAAAGGGGCUCCAAGAUAAAGAAUUCAAAGGGAAAAGAAAAGAAAAUAAAGAAGAGGAAAUCCCUAAGUGGUGGUGAUGAUGAUGAUGAUGAUGAUAGUGACUUUGACCUUACACCAGUGAAGCUGAAGAGAGGUCCUCAGUCAGUGAGUACACAAAGACAAAGAUCUGACAAGAGGAAAAGUAGUGAAGGAAGUGGGAGCACAGAUAAGAGGAAGGAAAAUGAGAACGAUGGAAAGGUAGAGGGCAAGAGAAAAAAAAAUGAACCGUUGAUGGAAUGGGCGGAGGUGUACGUGGAAGAGGAGGAGAAGUGGGUGUGUGUUGAUGUGACAAGAAGGAAAAUUCACUGUACAGCAGAAAUUGGGGCACGUAUGCCAGCAACGUCAGCAUACAUCACUGCAUAUAACGCCAACCUGACAGUGAAGGACGUCAGCAAGCGUUAUGUACCCAGUUGGCUCUCUAAUGAAAACAAGUUACGGUGCUGCAGUAAAUGGUGGGAGAAGGUACUGAGAUCUUUCAAGGGACAGAGAACUAGGCUGGAUAAAGAAGAGGAUAAGGAAAUGGACCUUAACCUUAAAGAGCAGCCACUACCAAAAAGUAUUGGAGAGUACAAGAAUCACCCAUUGUAUGCUCUACAACGCCACCUUCUCAAGUUUGAGGCAAUAUAUCCACCCGAUGUCUCCCCAGUUGGGUUUAUCAGAAGCGAGCCGGUGUAUCCUCGUGACAGCAUCUACAACCUUCAUUCUCGGGACACUUGGAUGAAGGAGGCCAAGACUGUAAUAGUCGGAGAGGAGCCCUACAAGGUUGUUAAGGCCCGCCCAAAAUGGGAUAAGUUGACUUGUAAAGUGAUCAAAGACCUGCCAUUAGAACUGUAUGGAGAGUGGCAGGUAGAAGACUAUGAGCCACCAGUAGCAUCUGGAGGGAAGGUACUUAAUGAGUAUGGCAAUGUGGAGCUGUUCAAACCCACCAUGUUGCCAAAGGGAUGUGUUCAUAUACCAAUUGGUGGUCUCAACCGUUUGGCUCAGAAGUUGAACAUUGACUGUGCUCCAGCGAUGGUCGGAUUUGACUUUCACUCAGGCUGGACUCAUCCUGUGUAUGACGGCUACGUUGUGUGUGAAGAGUUCAAAGACAUAUUAAUGGAUGCUUGGAACCAGGAGCAAAUUGAACAAGCUAAAAGGGCAGAGGAGAAGAGACAGAAGAGAAUUUACGACAACUGGAAGAAACUAAUACAGGGAAUGCUGGUGAAGGAGCGAGUGAGAGAAAUGUACGGCAACGUGGCUCCAUCUGACGAGGAAGAAGACCAGAAGGAGACAGAGACGGCCAAGAAAACAUCGGAAGCAAAGGAAAAAGACACCCCAAGGAGAAAGAUAAAACAAGAAGACAUCGACGCUGUUAGACCUCCUCUCAUCACACAUCAGGUUAGAAAUCUUAACAUUGAUCUGAGUUCCAAUGUUGUGGAGAUGGCCAAGAAAAGUAGAAAGAGAACAAUGAAGACAAAAAAUAGCAUCAAGAGAGUUGUAAGCAAAAAGGGAAAAACUGAGAACACGACAGGUAAAGAUGUUAAGACGGAACAAGUUGAAGAAGACAACGAGGAAAGUGAAUCAGACGUUGAGGAGAAGAAAGCAAAGAUUCGAGCUAUUCUCCAGUGGGGAAAUAAAACGGUUACCGCCAACCCUGACCUCAGUGAUGACAGCGACGAAGAGAGACAGUCUCGGCCGUCGUCUUCCCACGUUGGUGUUCCAUUUUCCGAUCCCUUUUACACUGUCGGUGAGAAGCAGGGACAAGUAAAAAAUAAAUCUGGAAAAGGAAGAAAGAAAAGCCAAGCACAGGAACCAUCAGACUGUGAGGAGCAUGUAACAAGUCGAUCAACCAGCCGCUCCACAACCCCUGAACCAGACCUGGGUAAGGCGGGCUGUAGGAGGUUGUCCCGCAGAUCUGCCAAACAAAAGAUCAAAACUUACAAAGAAAGUGAUGGAGAAAAUGAGGGGUACAUUUCUAUUGAUGAAAGUGAUUGUGAAGAUAAGACUUAUAAUCCUUUAAAAGAAAAGAAAGCAGCCACUCACGUCUUGAAUUUGAGUGAAGAAAGUAACUCUGACUGAUUUUUCUCAGUAAAGUACAUUAGUAGAGAAAAUAGUUUUAAUGUACUCUGUUAAGAAAUUUUAGGUUAUAUGUAUUUUGUUUGUAACAAUUACCCGGUAGUUCAAAGAGUAUUAUUAAGUUUUUAGACCAGUUAAAUUGGUAACUUUUGUGGUACAUUAAACUUUUUUGUAUUUAAAUAAAUCUAAAUUUUAUAUGUACAGUACUUAAUUUACUGUAUACCUUAAUUUUAGAAUGUACAGUCGAUCCCAUGUUUAAUAUUCAUGGACACUUUAUUCUUGAUAAAAAAGUUUUAAUUAUUAUUUUGAUAUUACCACAAAUUUUAAAUACUGUUGAUACUACAAACCUUUAGCCAAUACAGUACAGUAAACUUUUGGUAUUCUUGGUUUCUGGAUUUGCAAAAUUUAAAUAUUUACCAACUCUUUAUGCUCGACCCCAGACCUCUAGUGUUCUCAGAUCUUGAACGGGUUGACAAUCCCUGCUUCUUGAGGUGAAUCUCUUGGUAAAACAUAAACAUCAUCAUAAUUCAUGAAAUAUUAUUUAUUGUAAUGAUACAUUGAGGGUAAAACUACCUUCACUUCCCAUAAACUGCUUUCCGAAUUUCCUAAAAAAAUCAGAGAAUAUUCAAUAUUUACUGUAUUUUAUACACAGUGAUCAGCUACGUGCAGUAAACUUUAGUUUGUAUUUCUGGGACAAUUCUAAGGCACAAUGUUGAUAGGACAGAAUGUUGGAAUGUGCACAGUUUCCUAGCUACUGCACCUGAGGUAAUGUUAGUGAGGGAGUGAACAGCUGUAGAUUUUUUUUGUAAUUUUAUGCAUAUUGUGAUACAGUUGUGUUAUUAGAGUAAAUGUUCAAAAUUCC